AUGGCCGGGCCUGAAGAUGCUACCAAUUUCGGAGUCUGGGACUACGUGGUGUUCGGCUGCAUGCUGCUCAUCUCGCUGAGCAUCGGCAUCUAUUAUGGCUGCACCGGAGGCAAGCAGCGGACCACGGCAGAGUUCCUACUGGCCGACCGCAGCAUGAACCCCAUCCCCGUAGCCAUGUCGAUGGUGGCCAGCUUUAUCUCUGCCAUCACCUUCCUGGGCACGCCGGCCGAGGUCUACAUCAACGGCUCUAUGUUCUGGGUGUUCAGCCUGUGCUUCCCGAUGGUUGCCUUAGUGGUGUCUCGCCUGUUCAUCCCGGUGUUCUUCAGGCUGAACGUGACUAGUGUAAACGAGUACCUGGAGUUACGCUUCAACAAAGCACUUCGCGUUUCUGCCGCUGUGACAUAUUUCUUUAACAUGGUUUUCUACAUGGGAAUUGUUAUCUAUGCUCCGGCCUUGGCGUUCAAUGCGGUUACCAACGUGAGCCUGUGGGGGUCUGUUCUAGCCAUGGGACUCGUAUGUACCCUAUACACGACAAUUGGUGGUAUGAAGGCUGUGCUAUGGACGGAUGUGUUUCAGACGUGCGUCAUGUUUGGUGGCUUCCUGGCCGUCAUCAUCGAGGGCACCAUACGGGUGGGCGGACUCGGCAACGUGUGGCAGAUCGCCGAGGAAGGGGGUCGCAUCGACUUCUGGAAUUUCAAUUUUGAUCCAACAAUUCGCCACACUUUUUGGGCUAUUGUUAUUGGAGGAACGUUCUCUCGGACGUCAUCCUUUGCAGUCGACCAAUCCCAGGUGCAACGCUACCUCGCGACGGGAAGCAUCAAAAGAGCCAACAUCUCUCUGUGCUUAGCGGUUUUCGGCAUGGCCUUUGUGCUCACAAUCUCCUGUCUCUCCGGAGUUGUCAUGUAUUCCUACUACGCGGACAAACAGUGUGAUCCUUUCACCAGCGGAAAAGUUUCACAAACAGACCAGUUAAUCCCUUACUUCAUAAUAGAGCUGUUUGGGCGGAUCCCCGGCCUUCCAGGAUUCUUCACCUCGGCUGUGUUCAGCGCCGCACUCAGUACGGUUUCCUCUGGACUGAACGCUCUCGCCGCUGUGACAGCUGAGGAUCUGGUCAAACCGUGUUUGCCCCGCAUUAGUCAGGAGCGAUACACACUUGUCACCAAAGGCAUCGCAUUUGGAUUCGGCCUGCUCUGCAUCCUUCUCGCCUACGUCAUCUCGUUGCUCAAUCAGGGCGUUUUACAGCUGACACUGAGCAUUUUUGGUAUGACUGGAGGUCCGUUGUUGGGAUUGUAUUGUCUUGGAUUAUUCUUCCCCUGGACAAACUCAAAGGGCGCGAUGGCGGGACUGCUGGGAGGCCUGGCUGUAGCCUGUUGGGUGGGAAUUGGCGCCUUCAUUUACCCGCCAAGUACCUACAGACCUCCGCUAACCAUCGAAGGUUGCAACCUGACCACAUCCAUCACGACACCCAGCCCACUUCUGAUGACAACGACAACAACUCUUGCACCAGAAACCUCACCAAUCAUUGAAUUAUACUCACUCUCGUACGCCUGGUACUCAUGCGCCUUCUGGCUGGUGACCAUCGUCGUUGGUCUGUUAGUCAGCUUCCUGACGGGUGCCACCAAGAGGCAAGACAUCGACCCUGUCCUUCGGUCUCAUUGCGUGGACGGUCUGUACUGCUGCCUCCCGGAAGUGAUUAAGAAGCCACUACGAUGCGGGGACGAAAAACCGGAUUACACCAAGAAAGACGAAGAGGCGGAGAUGGUAGAGGUGAAGGAGGUCAAACCAGACUUGAGCGAUAAUGCAGACGAUAGUGAUGAUGUUGACUCGGCAACAGUUGCCACGGAGCAACCAAGCAGCACUGAAAAGGAAAAUAGCCUGGAAAACAAUGGUUUUACAGCUCUGUAACUAUGGUGACGAUGUUGAUGAUGAACCAUGGUGCACAUACCUCCCUCCUCGCAGAAAACUAUGCAUUCGUUUUGAAUAUUUAUUAAUAUGCCUAAUAUGAUCAAGGCCAAUCAGCAAAAAAAAUCGUUAUUAGAAAAAACAAUAUUAAUUAUUUUAUCAAGUAGACUAAAGAAAGUAACAAAAAUUACAGGUUGUAUGGGUGGCAUUUAAGGCACAUACGCACAAACUAGCUUAAUUAUUGAGUCAAAGCGAUUUCAAAUUAAUGCACGUAUCACCCGUGAAUGUCUAAUGAUAUGCCCAAGAAACUUAAGUGGGUAGGAUAUUUAUUGGGAUGUGUUUAAUUUCAUCAUACCCAAAGAGGAUUUAAGGCAUUUGAACUCUUCCUUUCCACCAAACCGGGAUCUGCUUUUAAUUUGUUAGCUUCUUAGCCAGCAUGUAUUGUUCUAUAGCUUAAUUAGUAAACAGUUUGUCACGCUCAAUUUUACAGUUUCCAGUGUUUCAACUUUCUGUAUAUUACAAGUAUUUCUAUAGAUCUGUAACAGCGUUCUUCUUUGAGAAAUAAAAAGUG